ACUGUUCGAAGCCUCGACUUAUUGUGCCCUACAAUACAAUUGCCACUCGAGAGGCUUCGCACGUCUACCCCGUGCCCAUUUACUAUGGAAGCCAAUACUUCGUCAGAGCCAGAGCCGUCCAAAUGCCCAGAGCCAAUUGCCAUAGUGGGAAUGGGCUGCCGGUGGCCGGGCGGUGUACACAAUGAAUCGCAACUCUGGAAACUUCUCAGUGAGAAGCAACACGGCUACUCGGAAUUUAUCAAGGAGCGCAUCAAUGUUGAAGGUUUCUAUCAUCCCAAGCAAGGCCAGCCCGGAGGUUUUCCCAUGCGCGGAGGUUGUUUCCUUGAAGAAGACCCACGACUCUUCGACAAUGGCCUUUUUAAGAUCAAUGCCCUUGAGGCGAGAAGUAUGGACCCCGCGCAACGAAAGCUAUUGGAAGUCACCUUUGAAGCCUUUCAGAACGCGGGCGAGCCUUGGCACAAGUUUUCGGGGUCGCGUACAGGUGUUUUCGUGGGCAACUUCAUGUCGGAUCAUCAGAACAUGCAGUUCCGCGAUCCUGACAACUUGAUGCCGUAUGACACUACAGGAGGUGACAUUGCGAUACAUAGCAACCGAAUCAACUAUGUCUUCAACCUGAAAGGCCCCAGUCUUACCCUCGAUACUGCAUGCUCCUCCGCGCUAUAUGCCCUCCACAUGGCUGUGUCGGGACUUCGAAAUGGCGACUGCGAUGCAGCAAUAGUUGCGGGAAGCAAUCUGAUAUCCGAUCCAGGUCCACAGAUGCUCAUCGCGAAGCUUGGAGCUCUCUCGCCGACAUCCGUGUGCCAUACGUUUGAUGCUUCUGCCGACGGCUAUGCGAGAGCCGAAGGUAUUGGUGCCUUGUAUGUAAUGCCUCUAAGCCGCGCCGUGGAAGGAUCCUAUCCUAUCAGAGCAGUCAUUAGGGGAACAGCUAUUAAUGCCAAUGGCGAAUCUCAGGGAAUCUCCUACCCUAGUGCGAGUGGGCAGGAGAACGUCAUACGGCAGGCCUACAAAAACGCGGGUGGGCUCGAUCCGGCCUUGACUGGCUACUUCGAGGCGCACGGGACGGGCACACCCGUAGGCGACCCCAUCGAAGUGGCUGCGAUAGGAAGAGUGUUUUCACAAUCUAGAGAUGAUGCCAACCCGUUGUUGAUCGGAUCCAUAAAACCAAACCUUGGCCACAGCGAACCAGCCAGUGCGGUCGCCAGUAUCAUGAAAGUUGUUAUGGCCCUUGAACGCGGCGAGAUCCCCCCGACCAGAGGCAUCACCAAAUUUAACCCCACGAUUGAUUUCAAGAAAUCUAGAACAAAAGUCGUCGAGCAAAUGACUCCCUGGCCGUCGCUGCCGAUUCGAAGAGCAUCGGUUAACAGCUUUGGCUAUGGUGGAGCGAACGCCCAUGUUAUCUUGGAGCAUGUGAACAGUAUAAUACCAGGAUAUGGUAUGAAAAGAACACCAGCCUCAGUUCCUCGCUCCCUCACCAACGGCUCGACUGUCCCGUCUGAAAAAGAGAACGUGAAUGGCAUUCCGAAGCAAAGGUUACUUCUACUUCCCUUCUCUGCAAACGACGAAAAGGCUCUCAGUGCUAUGGUACAUUCCAUUGGUUCUGCAGCAAACGACUAUGAACCAAUGCACCUAGCACAAACACUCGCGACCCGAAGAACGAAAUUUUUACAACGUACAUUCGUUGUAGCAGAUGCAGAUUGCCUUUCUUCUUCGCUGACAUCCGCGGCCAUUACUCCGGCGAAAUGUCCACCCAAUCCGAGGAAUCGCAUGGCGUUCGUUUUCACCGGACAAGGUGCACAGUGGCCCUCCAUGGGCCGAGAGCUCUUUUCACAUUACCCUCAAUUCCUUGAAUCAAUACGAUACCAAGAUAAGAUUCUCGCUGGAUUAUCGAAUCGUCCGUCGUUUCGCAUCGAAGAUGUGCUCAUGGAUGAUAAGAUCGCUCAGACCAUACACGAACCCAUGGUAUCACAAACUGUCUGUACCGCUUUGCAGAUUGCCUUGGUGGAGUUGCUGUCUUCAUGCGGAGUCCAUCCCACAGCUACCGUUGGUCAUUCGUCUGGCGAGAUCGCCGCGGCAUAUGCUGCGGGACACUUGACUGCGUCUGCAGCCAUCGUCAUGGCGUAUUGCAGAGGAUAUGCAGUGAGCAAGAAUGAAAGACAGGGCACUAUGCUGGCCGUAGGCCUGGGCGUUGAUGGAGUUAAACCGUACAUGGUUGGUCUGGAAGAGGAAGUCACAAUUGCCGCAAUCAAUUCACCAGACAGUGUAACACUUUCGGGCGAAACUGCGGCUAUCUUGCGCAUUUCGGAACAUAUGCAGCAAGACAGCAUUUUCAAUCGGGUCUUGAAGACUGGAGGAAACGCUUAUCACUCGCAUCAUAUGAAAGAACUAGGCGGCAUGUACGAGCACGAAGCAAGGAAAGCUCUAGGAGAAAUUCCAAAGUCGGAGGGCGGCUCAGUCAAGGGUGGGGCACGCGCGACUUGGGUUUCUUCGGUGACGCCUGAAGCCAACACGAAUGAGAUGAAUGUAGGACCGUCAUACUGGAGACAGAAUCUUGAAUCGAGAGUGUCCUUCGGACCUGCCAUAGAAAGACUGAUGGAGCAGUACACCGAAGACCCGCUGGACCUUUUACUGGAGGUCGGUCCACAUGCGGCAUUAGCGGGGCCGGUAAAACAAACUAUGCAGGUGGUCAAGGCUCGUGGGAAAAGCACACCCCCAUACUUGGGCACGUUGAAACGGGGCGAAGACGCUCUCUCAAGCAUUCUCCAACUUGGUGGAAAUCUGUUCAUCCAUGGAGCGUCAGUCCAGAUUGACGCAUUGAAUAAUCCAAAGGGCACACUAACGGCACAACAACGUAUACCAUGUGUCAGCCUACCCAAUUAUGAAUAUAACUACGGACCUAUUCUCUUCCACGAAAACAGACUCAACAAGGAAUGGAGGCUGCGCAAGAACCCUCGACAUGACCUGCUCGGGGCUCGCGAUAUAGGAAGCACACCGCUCAAUCCAUCAUGGCGUAACAUCUUCCGCAUACGAGAUGUUCCCUGGUUGGCUGACCACAGGCUUACUCCACAGGCGAUAUUUCCCGCCGCGGGAUUUCUGGCCAUGGCGAUCGAGGCAGCUGCUCAGUGCCACAACGAUGGUGUUGAUGCGCCCCCUAUUGCGGGGUUUACCAUUCGUAAUGUCAAGGUCAGCUCGACGCUCGAGGUGCCCGACACAGAAACUGGAACAGAGGUUGUUCUGAACGCGCAAAAACACGCCCAGAAGAAUACGUGGAUCGAUUUCCGCAUCACCUCGCUGAGCACGGAAACUGGAGCAUGGGUCGAACACUGCACGGGAACCAUCAAGAUAGAGACUUCCCAUGAUGAGCACACGCGAAAUCUUAUCAGCGAGGACGGUUAUAAAGCAAAUGACAUGCCAGAAUGGUAUUCGAGCUUUAAAGCCAUGGGUCUCGAGUACGGCCCCUGCUUCCGCGCGCUUUCAAAUCUGAAAACCGCUCGCAACCGCGCUUCCGCCGAUGUAAAUCUCGUACCAACGGAAAGUGCUGCCUUGAAAGCAGAGUCUUCAUACUGGCUUCAUCCAGCUAGUCUUGAUAAUUGCCUCCAGCUCGCGAAUAUUGCCGCUUUCAGUGGAAAAUCCGAGAAAGCAAAACGAGCAUACAUUCCCGUCAUGUUUGAUGGGAUCACCAUCUGGAAUAGACGAGGAGCGGACAUCACUGGUGCGGGAAAGGCUACGGCCGAGGCCGAGAUGCGUGGCAGUCGAGGAAUGUAUUCGCGCAUACUACUCCGAACCUCGUCUGGUCAAGUUCUCAUGGACAUGGAUCUGUUCAGAGGAAUUUCGUACGACGGAAAACCAUUCUCGUCGCCAGAGGAAGAAGGGAGACCACAAUAUCCAUUCAGCAGACUUUUGUGGAAGCCGGAUAUCGAUAUGAUGAGCAAUGAGAAAGCACGAGAGCUAUUUCAACAACCUUCCGAAACCACAGAAAGCGCUCAAAGAAUCGAGAAGUUCGACAAGCUAUUCGCGAACACUCUGGUUGAAAUAUGGUCGAAAUUCCAACAUGCUCCAAUACCGGAAGACCAGAACCAUUUGAAGACGUUUAUGCAAUGGAUACAUGGUCGUUACUCUCUCGUAGAGGAGGGUAAAGUACCCUUUGGUCUCGAAGCUCUCAGCGCCUCCCCCGCUGUACGAUCCCAAACAAUCGAUUCGCUCUUUGGCGAUCUCGAAGGACUCGUAGAAACAAAGAUGAUCCGACGAGUAUUUGAAAAUAUGUCUUCAAUAUUGUCAGGGCAGACCACCGGAUUAGAACUUGCGCUCCAAAACGACCUCCUCACAGAUCUAUACAAGUCAAGCUACGGUGUCACGGCAGCAUAUCCCUUGCUGCAAAAUCUGGUAGAUUUGAUUGCCCACAAAACACCAAGGAUGAACAUACUGGAACUUGGAGGAGGCACUGGCGGUGCCACGGCGCGGAUCCUCGAUACACUUGGGGCCGGCAGUCCGUUUCAGCGUUAUGAGAAAUUCAUGUUCACGGACCAAGCGCCCACCUUCGUAUCUGCUGCGGAGCAGAGAUUCUCAGCGAAUGCUGGAACAAAAUUCUCGGUCCUGAACAUCGAAACAGAUCCGCUGGAACAAGGGUUCGAAGGUGAAUACGACUUGGUGAUUGCGGCCCAGGUUUUGCAUGCAACUACCAGUCUUUCACGCGCUCUCCAAAACGUGCGAAAACUUCUGAAGCCCGGAGGCAAACUUCUGCUUCUGGAGUUCACGAACACCCAUCCAAUCUCUACGGUUGUGUUUGGCACUUUCCCGUAUUACUGGAAUGGUGCUGCCGAUAAUCGCCCAGAAGGUCCUCUUGUAGAACGACAGCGCUGGCAUAAGGAGCUGGUCGAGAAUGGCUUCUCGGGUAUUGAUAUGGUGCUCGGAGAUGAGAACUCAGGAGAGGAUGCUGUGUCAGUCAUGCUCUCUUCAGCGACUGGGGAUAUCGACACCCCACCCCAGACUUCCAACGAACCAGAGGUCGUUAUUGUCACAUAUGCCGAACCGACGCCAUUCGCUCAAUCCGUUGCUCUAAAGCUAGCCCAAGAUGCUGUGGUCUACUCUUUCGUCAAACUUUCGGAAAUCAAAUCCUGCAGUGGCUCGCGCUUUAUAUGUCUGGCAGAUAUUGAGAGCCGAGGCACAAUGCUCGACGAAGUUUUCGUUGACAACAUGAAAAUCUUGUUUUCCAAAGCUGUGUCCAUACUCUGGGUGUUCCUCGAGAGUACCCUUCAACCAACCAGUUCUUCCAUCGGAAUCGCCACAGGACUGAUGCGCCCAAUUAUCCGAGAAAUGCCCCAGUUGAAGGUCUCAUUACUGGGUUUUGACGCAGAGUUUGAGAACUCCUCCAAACAUGCGGAUCUGGUUGUCAUACGCGAGAACAAGUUGUACCGCGAUAAAGACCACACUCGCACCGAUGACUAUGAAAUCUACCAGGGCGACUGUAUUCAUAUCAGCAGGGUUGACCCGGAUGUGGAAGCAAACAAGCGGUACAGGGUCCAAGAAGGUUUGGAUACUGAAGCCACAAUGACCCGACUAGGUUCCGCCGGUCCCGUUAAACUCACCACGACACGCCCAGGUCUUCUGAGUUCCCUGCAUUUUAAGACGGAUUGGGAUAUGCUGCGGCCACUUCCUGCCGACUGGGUGGAGAUCAGAUCCGAGGCUAUUGAUAUCAACAUGACAGAUCUUGCCUCGGUGACCGCAAAAUUCGAUUCCAGCCACUACAGCAUCGCCUGCUGCGGUGUCGUGAGCAAGAUUGGAUCGCAGGUCGAUCACCUUCAGAUCGGCGACCGUGUAUGUGGCUUUGGGCUAGGGAACUAUGGCAAUUUCAUACGCUGUCCGGCGAUUUACCAACAACGCAUGGAGCCGACUGACAAUCCUGUCGAUUUGGCAUCUUUGCCCAUCAGUUAUAUGACAGCUUUGUACGCACUUCGGAACCUGGCGCGCCUACAGAAAGGUGAAACUGUGCUUAUCCAGUCUGCGGCAGGUGCGCUGGGUCUUGCGGCGCUGCGGAUAGCUCAGCAUUUUGGUGCCGACAUCUAUGUUACAGUCGGAAAUCCUGAAAAGUCACAGUUUCUCCAAGACAAAUUUGGAAUUUCUCCAAAUCGGAUUUUCUCGUCAAGAGCGCUUGACACACCGACACUCAUCUGGAACGCGACAAAGGGCGAAGGUAUUGACGUGAUCAUCUGUUCCACAGCGGGUGAUCAAAUGCAAGAGUUCUGGAGAUGUAUCGCCCCUCUCGGGAGAUUCAUCGAAGUGGGGCGGUUGGAUGUUUUGGGUCACGAGAAGCUUCCGUUGGAAAUUUUCAAGAGGAAUGCGACUUUCUCGUCGUUUGAUGUUUCCCUUUUGUCUCAGCAGAAGCCGAAGUUGGGCGCCAGUUUAAUGGCCGAAGUCGUUGACCUAUAUCGACAAGGUGUCGUCCAGCCUAUAGAUCGAAUCACGAGUUUUGACGUUUCCGAGCUGCAGAAAGCUAUGAUGUAUAUGGCAAAGGGCGAACACAUUGGAAAAAUUGUUGUCACCUACAAGAAUCCCGAUACACUCGUCUCACUGUUGCCUUCUUCGCCCCGUGCAGCGUUCGAUCCGGAGGCAGCGUAUGUCCUAGUUGGAUGCGUGGCUGGCCUCGGUCAUUCCAUAAACAAAUGGAUGGUCGAGCGUGGUGCGAAACACUUUGUCCACCUUACUCGCUCUGGAGCGGAUACUCCACAAGCCAAGCACCUGCUCCAAAGUAUGGAAGCGCAUGGCGUUGAAGUGGUGGUGAGAAAAUGCGACGUCACAGUGAGAGAAGAUGUCGAGGCCGCAAUCACAGAAGUUUGCAACACAAGGCCGAUCAAAGGCGUCAUUCAUGCUGCAGCAGUCUUCGAAGAUGUUAGCUUCCACGACCUUGAAUACUCCAGGUUAAGAAGGGUCCUGGACCCCAAAGUGAACGGAACAGUCAAUCUCCACGAAGCUACACUCAAACAGCCGCUUGAUUUCUUCACCAUGACCAGCUCCAUAGUUCCAAUCCUCGGCACUGCUACCCAAGCCUCCUACAGCGCCGCCAAUACUUUCCAGGACGCAUUCGCUCGCUUCCGUAGAGCUCAAGGGCUCCCAGCACAGUCCUUUGCCAUGGGUAUGAUAACAGACGCCGGAUUUGCAAGUAGCCGUGAGGAGAUUCAGCGCUCAUUGACCCGCAACGGCAUCUACGGAACAAACACGCCGGAGCUCGUCAACUUCCUCGAUAUCGCGUUCAAAUCAUCUGGGAUGCUAGAUUCACCUCUUGAUCCCUUAGCGGACGCGCAUCUCCUCGUUGGUCUCGAGCCUAGCAAGAUCUACAACCUCGACAAGACGAAUGUAAACGCCGAGUUUCCCUGGUCUCACGACCCCCGCUUUGGACGCCUUAUUCAGGCUAUCCAAACCCACCAACUACAGCAGCAGACAGCCUUACACUCCAAUCUUGCCGGUGACACAGUUCCCACGCUGGCCAAUCUUUUCUCUCUAGCCACGAAGAUUAGAUCCACAGAAAAGGCGUCAGACGGCGAUAUGCAGCAGCUGCACGAACACGCUGUCGAUGUAGUGACUGAUCGUCUUGCCACACUCCUGUACAUUCCACAGUCGGAAUUUGACAUCACUCGUGAGAUUGCGGACUACGGGAUUGAUAGCAUGAUCACUGCUGAGCUGAGGAACUGGCUGUUCAAGUCUUUUAAGCUAAACAUCAGUUUCGUUGAGUUGAUGAACAAAGGUAUCACUGUGCAGAAGUUGGCUAAGAUAUUGGAGGAGACGUUACUGGAAGGUUAA